AUGGUGCUGGGCAUCACGGCCGAGAGCAUUAGCGAUCCGGAGUCGCGCAAGCGGGGGCUGAACUCCGAGCUUGCCAACGGCCGACUCGCGAUGAUGGCUAUCGUCGGUCUGUGGGUGCAGGACGGUCUCUUCGGCACGCCUUACGGCCUCUACCAGGGAUCGAGCGCCUUCGAGACGGAGCUUGGCGUGCAGCCUCCUGCUGGAUUUUGGGAUCCUCUCGGCUUCACGAAAGGCGGUGACGCUGCAUCCUUCCGCCGCCGCCGCUAUGUGGAGCUCAAGCACGGCCGUGUGGCGAUGCUGGCUUGCAUGGGAUAUAUCGUGCCGGAGUACUACCGCUGGCCCGGUGAUCUCUCGCCCUCCCUGGGCCUGAAGUUCACGGACGUUCCCACCGGCUUCGCUGCCUUCAGCAAGGUGCCGCUUUCUGGCUGGGCCCAGAUGGUGGCCUUCGCCGGAUCCGUCGAGCUUUUCCAGUACGUCGACGAUCCCAAGCGCGCCCCGGGCGACUUCGAGAACGCCGGCCUCCUUGGCAUCCCCAACGGCUUCAUGAAGGCACCGGAGGGCCAGAAGGAGAAGAAGCUCGCGGCAGAAAUUGCUAACGGCCGCCUGGCGAUGAUGGCAAUCAUUGGUAUGUUCUUCCAGAACGGCCUCACUGGCCAGGCUUGGGGCGAUUGGUCUCUCUACACCGACUCGCCUCUGCGCGCCCUCACUGCAUCUCAGGAGCUGAUCGCCGGCACCGGAGGUCCUCUGCCCAACGACUUCUGGGAUCCGGCCGGACUCUCCACUCGCGUGUCGGAGAAGGAGCUCCUGAACUACCGCGCCAUGGAGCUGAAGCAUGGCCGUGUCGCUAUGCUUGCCGUGCUGCACUGGUUCCACGUGGCCGCCGGCUACCAUCUUCUCGGAGACUACGCGAUUGGUGAGAAGAUGAGCAACGACCCGCUGGUGAGCCUCACCCAGCUCCCCAUGGGUGGCAUGUGGCAGGUCAUCUUCACCAUCAUGUGCCUGGAGUGGCUGACCACCUACAUCUGCAAGCCUCCUGAGGACCGCCCUUGGGACGUGCUCGGAUGGAAGGGCAUCAUCGACGAGGACUACCCUUCCGAGAUCUGGAACGGCUGGAAGCGCGUUCAGUGCCAGGAAGUAAACAACGGCCGUCUGGCCGGGGCCCCAUGCAGCGCCGAAGGACCAGCCCCGGACGCUUCGACUCCCAUAACAUGA